AUCUGAACCAAACCAUUACCAAAAUCCAAACAAAAUUUACUGAUUUCAAAUUACACGCACAGAUACAUUUCUACUUCUACUAAUAGUAAACAGACAAAGCAAUUUUUAUUUUGCAUUUUCAGAUUUGUACAUUCAUGUUGAAUUUCAAAUUCUGUUGAUUAUUUGCCUCCCUAUUCUGCAAAUCAAAUACUUCUCAAGAAAAGCCUAUCAGAUUGAAGAAAAAAAUUUAUUGCCCUUGUCUGGAGGAGGCACUCCAACAUGUCAGAAGCUCAAAGGAGGCCGAUAACUGGCUUUAAGAAUAAUAAUGGGUACAUAAAUGGAUCUAUUCCACUGAGGUCUCCUAGCCUGGUAUCCGAGGUGGUUGAAUUUUGUCAUGCUUUUGGAGGCAAGAAGCCAAUUCAUAGUAUCUUGAUUGCAAACAAUGGAAUGGCAGCUGUCAAGUUUAUACGUAGCAUUAGAACGUGGGCCUAUGAAACAUUUGGUACAGAGAAGGCAAUUUUGUUGGUGGCUAUGGCUACUCCGGAGGACAUGAGAAUAAAUGCAGAGCAUAUUAGGAUAGCAGAUCAAUUUGUAGAAGUUCCUGGUGGUACUAAUAAUAAUAACUAUGCUAAUGUGCAGCUCAUUGUUGAGAUGGCAGAGAUAACGUAUGUUGAUGCAGUGUGGCCUGGUUGGGGUCACGCAUCAGAGAAUCCAGAGCUACCAGAUGCAUUGAGUGUAAAAGGAAUUGUAUUUCUGGGGCCACCAGCUGCAUCAAUGGCAGCACUGGGAGAUAAAAUUGGCUCCUCGUUGAUUGCACAAGCCGCAGAAGUGCCCACUCUUCCAUGGAGUGGUUCUCAUGUGAAAAUUCCGUCUGAGAGCUGUUUGGUCACAAUACCAGAUGACAUUUAUCAUGAAGCAUGUGUUCAUACAACUGAAGAGGCCAUUGCUAGUUGUCAAGUUGUGGGUUAUCCUGCAAUGAUUAAGGCAUCUUGGGGCGGCGGUGGCAAAGGCAUAAGAAAGGUCCAUAAUGAUGAUGAAGUCAAGGCUUUGUUCAAGCAAGUUCAGGGUGAAGUUCCUGGGUCCCCCAUAUUUAUAAUGAAGCUCGCUUCCCAGAGCCGACAUUUAGAAGUUCAGUUGCUUUGUGAUCAAUAUGGCAAUGUUGCAGCUUUGCAUAGCCGUGAUUGCAGUGUUCAGAGGCGACACCAAAAGAUUAUUGAAGAGGGCCCUAUUACAGUAGCUCCCCUCGACACAGUAAGGAAGCUUGAGCAGGCUGCUAGAAGAUUGGCCAAACGUGUGAAUUACGUUGGAGCUGCGACUGUUGAGUAUCUAUACGGUAUGGAAACUGGGGAAUAUUACUUCUUGGAGCUAAACCCACGGUUACAGGUGGAGCACCCUGUCACUGAGUGGAUAGCUGAAAUAAAUUUGCCUGCAGCCCAAGUUGCAGUUGGGAUGGGUAUCCCUCUCUGGCAAAUUCCAGAGAUAAGGCGAUUUUAUGGAAUGGAACAUGGUGGAGGAUACAAUGCUUGGAGAAAAACAUCUGUUGUUGCUAUUCCAUUUGACUUUGACAAGGUCGAGUCGACAAGGCCAAAAGGUCACUGUGUAGCUGUUCGUGUGACAAGUGAAGAUCCUGAUGAUGGUUUUAAGCCUACGAGUGGGAAAGUACAGGAACUGAGUUUUAAAAGCAAGCCAAAUGUUUGGGCUUACUUUUCUGUCAAGUCUGGGGGUGGUAUUCACGAGUUUUCAGAUUCCCAAUUUGGACAUGUAUUUGCUUUUGGAGAGUCUAGAGCUUUGGCCAUUGCAAAUAUGGUUCUUGGACUGAAAGAAAUUCAAAUAAGAGGAGAAAUUCGAACAAAUGUUGAUUACACAAUUGAUCUUUUACACGCUUCAGAUUACAAGGAAAAUAAAAUACAUACAGGAUGGUUAGACAGCAGAAUUGCGAUGAGAGUCAGAGCAGAAAGGCCCCCUUGGUAUCUUUCCGUUGUUGGAGGAGCACUUUAUAAAGCUUCUGCUAGUAGUGCAGCCAUGGUUUCAGAAUACAUCGGUUAUCUUGAAAAGGGGCAGAUUCCUCCCAAGCAUAUUUCACUGGUCAAUUCUCAAGUUUCACUAAAUAUUGAGGGAAGCAAAUAUACAAUUGAUAUGGUAAGGAGAGGUCCUGGAAGCUACAGUCUGACGAUGAAUGACUCAAAGAUUGAAGCAGAGAUACAUACUCUACGCGAUGGAGGUCUAUUGAUGCAGCUGGAUGGAAACAGUCAUGUUAUAUAUGCAGAGGAGGAAGCUGCUGGAACACGCCUUCUUAUUGAUGGAAGGACUUGCUUACUUCAGAAUGACCACGAUCCAUCCAAGUUAGUGGCAGAAACACCAUGCAAGCUUCUAAGGUAUCUGGUAGUAGAUGGCUGCCAUGUUGAUGCUGACACACCUUAUGCGGAGGUUGAGGUCAUGAAAAUGUGUAUGCCCCUUCUCUCACCUUCUUCUGGAAAUAUCCACUUUCAGAUGUCUGAAGGUCAAGCGAUGCAGGCUGGUGAGCUUAUAGCAAGACUUGACUUAGAUGAUCCAUCGGCUGUAAGAAAAGCAGAACCUUUUCACGGUAGCUUUCCCCUUUUGGGACCUCCAACUGCCAUAUCUGGAAAAGUUCAUCAACGGUGUGCUGCAAGUUUGAAUGCAGCUCGGAUGAUUCUGGCUGGUUAUGAGCAUAACAUUGAUGAAGUAGUUCAAAACUUGCUGAGUUGCCUGGACAAUCCUGAGCUCCCUUUCCUUCAGUGGCAAGAAUGCUUUGCUGUCCUGGCAAACCGACUAGCCAAGGACCUUAGAUAUGAGUUGGAAGCAAAAUAUAAGGAGUACGAAGGAAUCUCCAAUAUGCCAAGUGUUGACUUCCCGGCAAAAAUUUUGCGGGGUGUUCUUGAGGCCCAUCUAAACUCCUACCCUGAAAAGGAAAAAGGAUCCCAAGAACGAUUAGUUGAGCCUCUAAUGAGUCUUGUCAAGUCAUACGAGGGUGGCAGAGAGAGCCAUGCCCGCAUUAUUGUUCGGGGACUUUUUGAAGAAUAUUUAUCAGUUGAAGAAUUAUUUAGUGACAAUAUCCAGGCAGAUGUAAUUGAACGCUUAAGACUUCAUUACAAGAAAGAUCUCUCCAAGGUUGUUGACAUUGUACUUUCCCAUCAGGGCAUUAGGAGUAAAAAUAAGUUGAUACUAUGUCUCAUGGAGCAGCUGGUGUAUCCUAAUCCUGCUGCAUACCGAGAUCAACUAAUCCGUUUUUCUGCACUCAACCACACAAACUACUCUGAGUUAGCAUUAAAGGCAAGUCAACUACUAGAACAGACGAAGCUCAGUGAGCUUCGUUCCAGUAUUGCCAGGAGUCUUUCGGAGUUAGAAAUGUUCACUGAAGAUGGUGAAAACAUGGAUACUCCCAAAAGAAAAAGUGCCAUAAACGAACGAAUGGAAGCCCUUGUCAGUGCUCCUUUAGCAGUUGAAGAUGCACUUGUUGGUCUUUUCGAUCACAGUGAUCACACACUUCAGCGACGGGUUGUUGAAACUUAUGUUCGCAGAUUAUAUCAGCCCUACCUUGUGAAGGGGAAUGUCAGGAUGCAAUGGCACAGGUUUGGACUUAUAGCAUCAUGGGAGUUCUUGGAAGGGCAUGUUGAUAGUAAGAUUGGGUCUGAGGAUCGAAUCUUGGAUGAGCCAUCAGUUGUUAAUCACAGUGAGAGAAAGUGGGGAGCAAUGGUUGUCAUCAAGUCUCUCCAAUUCUUGCCAACUGUGUUAACUGCUGCGUUGAGGGAAACAACACAUAAUUUGCAAAGUGUAGUUGCCAACGGAUCUCCUCAGCCAGCUAGUUAUGGUAACAUGAUGCAUAUUGCGUUGGCAGGCAUCAACAAUCAAAUGAGUUUACUUCAGGACAGUGGUGAUGAGGAUCAGGCUCAAGAGCGAGUCAACAAGUUAGCCAAAAUAUUGAAAGAUAAAGAAGUAAGCUCCAGUCUAAGAAAUGCAGGUGUGGGGGUUAUCAGCUGUAUCAUACAGAGAGAUGAAGGGCGAGGCCCCAUGAGGCAUUCCUUUCAUUGGUCAGCCGAAAAACUCUACUACGAAGAGGAGCCUCUAUUGCGUCACCUGGAACCUCCUUUGUCCACAUACCUUGAGCUGGAUAAACUUAAAGGUUAUAAUGAUAUACGGUACACUCCUUCUCGGGACCGACAGUGGCACCUUUACACUGUUUUAGACAAACCUCUUUCCAUUCAGAGGAUGUUUCUCAGAACUCUUGUUAGGCAGCCCCUAUCAAAUGAAGGUCUAACAACAUAUCAAGGACUGGACCAGGGAGCAACUCAAUCUCUGUGGUCUCUGUCUUUUACUUCAAGGAGCAUUUUGAGGUCCUUAAUUUCUGCAAUGGAGGAACUUGAACUUAAUGUCCAUAAUUCUACUACCAAAUCUGAACAUGCUCAAAUGUAUCUCUAUAUCUUGAGGGAGCAACACAUAGAUGAUCUUCUGCCGUACCACAAGAGAGCAGAUAUACCUGAUGGGCAUGAAGAAGCUGCAGUUGAGAAACUCUUGAGCGAGCUGGCACAGGAAAUUAAUGUAUCAGUUGGUGUAAAAUUGCAUCGUCUUGGUGUUUGUGAGUGGGAAGUGAAGCUUUGGAUAUCAUCUGAAGGAGAAUCUAAUGGAGCUUGGAGGAUUGUGGUUUCUAAUGUGACUGGUCACACGUGUAUCGUUCACAUUUAUCGAGAAGUUGAGGAUGCUAGCAAACAAAGUGUAGUCUAUCAUUCAACCUCUGGGCAGGGCCCUUUGCAUGGUUUGCCUGUGAAUGCACAGUAUAAGCCUUUGGGAAUUCUUGACCAGAAACGUCUUGUAGCCCGGAAAAGCAGCACAACUUACUGCUACGAUUUCCCGCUGGCAUUUGAGGCAGCUUUGGACAAAUCUUGGUCCCAGUAUUCUCGGAUCAACAACUCGAAGGAUAAAGCCAACCUCAGAGUCGCAGAAUUGGUUUUUGCUGAACAGAAAGGCACCUGGGGUACCCCUCUUGUUUCUGUUGAGAGACAGCCUGGACUUAAUGAUGUUGGCAUGGUAGCCUGGCGCAUGGAAAUGUCUACACCCGAGUUCCCUUCUGGACGAACCAUUCUCAUUGUAUCAAAUGAUGUAACUUUCAAAAAUGGUUCUUUCGGCCCCAGAGAGGAUGCGUUUUUCCAGGCUGUAACUGAUGUUGCUUGCACUCAGAAACUACCUCUUAUUUAUCUGGCAGCAAAUUCAGGAGCCCGUAUUGGUGUAGCCGAGGAAGUGAAAUCUUGCUUUAAAGUUGGCUGGUCUGAUGAAUCAAACCCAGAACGUGGUUUCCAAUAUGUUUACUUAACUCCUGAGGACUAUGCACGCAUUGGAUCAUCUGUGAUAGCACACGAACUAAAGCUCUCAGGUGGAGAAUCCCGAUGGGUAAUAAAUACUAUUGUAGGAAAGGAGGAUGGCUUGGGAGUUGAAAACUUAAGUGGUAGUGGAGCCAUUGCCAGUGCGUAUUCAAAGGCAUACAAGGAAACCUUUACCUUGACCUAUGUGACUGGUAGAACGGUUGGCAUUGGUGCUUAUCUUGCCCGUCUUGGUAUGCGGUGCAUACAAAGGCUUGAUCAGCCGAUUAUUCUGACUGGUUUCUCUGCACUGAACAAGCUUCUGGGUAGGGAGGUGUACAGCUCCCACAUGCAACUUGGGGGACCUAAAAUUAUGGCAACAAAUGGAGUAGUUCAUCUUACAGUGUCAGAUGACCUUGAGGGAAUAUCAGCUAUUUUGAAAUGGCUAAGCUUUGUUCCAUCAUAUGCCGGCGGUCCACUUCCCAUUUUGUCUCCGUUGGAUUCUCCUGAGAGGCCUAUUGAAUAUCUACCAGAGACCUCGUGUGAUCCCCGUGCAGCUAUCUGUGGUGCAACAGAUGGUAGUGGGAAAUGGCUUGGGGGUAUGUUUGAUCAGGACAGUUUUAUUGAGACACUGGAAGGCUGGGCAAGAACUGUUGUAACAGGACGUGCAAAGCUUGGGGGAAUACCUGUAGGAAUUGUUGCUGUUGAGACUCAAACUAUGAUGCAAGUAAUCCCCGCAGAUCCUGGGCAGCUAGAUUCUCAUGAAAGGGUCGUUCCUCAGGCUGGGCAGGUAUGGUUUCCUGAUUCUGCAUCUAAGACUGCCCAAGCAUUGAUGGACUUCAAUAGAGAAGAGCUGCCACUCUUCAUUCUUGCCAACUGGAGAGGCUUUUCAGGUGGACAAAGGGACCUCUUUGAAGGGAUACUCCAGGCUGGAUCAACGAUUGUUGAGAACCUUAGAACAUAUAAGCAACCUGUUUUUAUAUACAUACCUAUGAUGGGUGAACUCCGUGGUGGAGCAUGGGUAGUUGUGGACAGUAAGAUCAAUUCAGACCACAUUGAAAUGUACGCUGAACGGACAGCUAAAGGAAAUGUCCUUGAGCCAGAAGGUAUGAUCGAGAUCAAGUUUCGAACUAGAGAGCUGCUGGAAUGCAUGGGUAGGCUCGACCAACGGCUAAUCAAUCUUAAGGCUGAACUUCAUAAAGCAAAAAGCACAGCAACAAUUGCAACUGUUGAGGAUUUGCAGAGACAAAUAAAAUCUCGUGAGAAGCAACUUCUGCCAUUGUACACUCAAAUAGCUACUAAAUUUGCAGAAUUGCAUGAUACUUCAUUCAGAAUGGCUGCAAAAGGCGUGGUCCGGGAAGUUGUAGAGUGGUCAAAUUCUCGAUUUUUCUUCUACAAGAGAUUACGCAGGAGAGUUGUUGAAGACUCGUUGAUCACGACUGUGAGAGAUGCUGCUGGUUACCAGUUUGCAUAUAAGUCUGCUCAGGAGAUGAUUAAGAAAUGGUUUUUGGACUCGGAGAUUGCUAGGGGAAAAGAAAAUUCUUGGAUGGAUGACGAGACUUUCUUUUCAUGGAAGGAUGAUUCCAGAAACUACGAGGAACAUCUACAAGAGUUGCGCGUGCAAAAGAUGAUGCUUCAAUUGUCAAGCAUUGGUGAUUCAACAAUGGAUUUGCGAGCACUACCUCAAGGUCUUUCUGCCUUGCUGAAAAAGGUGGAUCCAUCAAUUAGAGAGCAAUUAAAAGAUGAACUGAAACAGGUUCUUAAUUGAUUGAAGCUGCUUGCAGACUGCCAGCACACGGGGCCCACAGUCAGCUCAUCUCCUAUUUGUACACAAUUUUGUGUUGAUUUCAAAUUAUAUCGUGUUUCACUCACGUACCCACGCGAGAAACUUGUAAUCUUGCUCGUCCUUCACCAUUAAAUGAUUUGAAGAAGCUGUGCUGAUGAGUGUUAGAAUUGUAAAUAGUAAUCUUGAGCAUGAUGUAUAGUGUAGUCUUCAGAGUUAUGACAAUUUUAGCAGGCUCCAUGAAACGAGUUUCCUGCAUAAAUCCCAUGUAUUAUUUCAUAUUUCACUUAAUAAUCUGUUACCAACACCCACCCAUUUUUUCCGUCUA